AUGCGUUUAUAUAAAUACGAGUUGCCUCCGAAUCUACCACUAACAUCUAAGGAAUUGGAAGCUUAUUUAAACAAUAGAGCUAAGGAAGUGGCGUCUACAGAUGCGCGGAGAAAAGCUGGUGUUAGGGUUAAGAAAAAUAAAGAAGUCAACAAGUUGAAGACACUCGAAGAGAAGAUACUCGAAGGGAAGACACUCGAAGAGAAGAUACUCGAAGGGAAGAUACUCGAAGAGAAGAUACUCGGAGCGAAGACACUCGAAGGGAAGACACUCGGAGAGAAGACACUCGGAGAGAAGACACUCGGAGCGAAGACACUCGAAGGGAAGACACUCGGAGAGAAGACACUCGAAGAGAAGACACUCGAAGAGAAAAUACUCGGAGAGAAGACACUCGGAGGGAAGAUACUCGAAGAGAAGACACUCGAAGAGAAAAUACUCGAAGAUAAAUAA